UCACUAACACUGAACAACAUUAGCUUCAAGUUGCUCCAAAAUCGAAAACCCUAACAGCGAAGAAGAACAAGAAGAUGCUAGCAUAUCCUAGCAGCAUCCAUGGCCGCGCCACACUGCACUGCCAUUCCCAACCCCCACAGUUCCUCCUCUCCAACCGUCUCCUCUUCCCUAUUUGCUCUCGCUUUGCUGCUUCCGGAAAAUGCAAGUUCCGUUCUCUGUUUACCGGCAGGAACUGUCACAGGUUCGGUGUUAGAGCUGCUAUGGAUUCGUCGGAGUCCACCGGCGAUGGUGGUACCCUGCACAUUCCUCUCCAACCGUAUUCCGUGAAGAUUCCCGUUGGUGAUAGACAUAUUUUGGUUGAGACUGGUCAUAUUGGAAGACAAGCAAGUGGUUCUGUUACAGUUACAGAUGGAGAGACUAUUGUGUACACAACUGUUUGUCUGGAUGAUGUUCCUAGCGAGCCAUCUGAUUUUUUCCCCCUUUCUGUUAAUUAUCAAGAGCGUUUUUCAGCAGCUGGUCGCACUAGUGGAGGUUUUUUUAAACGAGAAGGAAAGGCAAAGGAUCACGAGGUUCUUAUUUGUAGAUUGAUUGAUAGGCCUCUGCGUCCUAGUAUGCCUAAGGGGUUCUACCAUGAAACUCAAAUAUUAUCCUGGGUUUUAAGCUAUGAUGGGUUGCACUCCCCUGAUUCCUUGGCUGUCACUGCAGCUGGUAUAGCAGUUGCACUUUCAGAAGUGCCAAUGUCAAAAGCAGUUGCUGGAGUUCGAAUCGGUCUUGUUGGUGAUAAGUAUAUAGUAAAUCCUACAACUAAGGAGAUGGAAAACUCUGAGUUGGACCUCUUACUGGCUGGCACAGAUAGUGCAAUAUUGAUGAUAGAGGGUUAUAGCAAUUUUCUUCCAGAAGAGAAGUUACUUAAAGCUGUAGAAGUUGGUCAGGAUGCAGUGCGAGCAAUCUGUAAUGAGGUAGAAACUUUGGUUAAGAUGUGUGGGAAACCAAAGAUGUUUGAUGCCAUCAAGUUGCCUCCUCCUGAGCUUUAUGAACAUGUUGAAGAAAUUGCUGGUGAUGAGUUGGUAAAAGUUCUUCAAAUUAGAAACAAAAUACCAAGAAGGAAAGCCCUUUCAUCAUUAGAAGAAAAGGUUCUGAAAAUACUUACAGAAAAUGGGUUUGUCACAAAUGAUGCAACACUGUGGAGUAAUACUGAAUCCAUUGCGGAGAUUCUUGAGGACGAGGAUGAAGAUGAGGAAGUGAUUGUUGAUGGUGAAAUUGACGAAGGUGAUGUUCAUAUAAAGCCAACUCCACCCAAACCAACCCCUUUAUUUUCUGAGGUAGAUGUGAAGUUGGUAUUUAAAGAAGUUACAUCCAAGUUUUUGAGGAAGAGAAUAGUAGAGGGGGGGAAAAGGAGUGAUGGGCGAACACCGUACGAAAUACGUCCAAUCAACUCAAGAUGUGGCCUAUUGCCUAGGGCACAUGGAAGUGCUCUUUUUACAAGAGGCGAGACACAGUCACUAGCAGUUGUUACGCUUGGAGAUAAGCAAAUGGCGCAGAAAAUAGACAAUCUUAUAGAUGUUGAUGAAUUCAAGAGGUUCUAUCUCCAGUAUUCAUUUCCUCCUUCAUGUGUCGGGGAAGUUGGCCGGAUUGGUGCACCAAGUAGAAGAGAAAUUGGUCAUGGGAUGCUUGCUGAGAGAUCCCUUGAACUAAUUUUGCCUUCUGAAGAUGAUUUCCCUUACACUAUACGCGUUGAGAGUACUAUCACAGAAAGCAACGGCUCUUCAAGCAUGGCUUCUGUUUGUGGAGGUUGCUUAGCAUUGCAAGAUGCUGGGGUUCCUGUUAAGUGCUUGAUUGCUGGAAUUGCGAUGGGUAUGGUAUUCGACACCAAGGAAUUCGGUGGAGAUGGAACUCCACUUAUUCUAUCUGACAUAACUGGAUCUGAAGAUGCAUCUGGAGAUAUGGAUUUUAAGGUUGCUGGAAAUGAAGAUGGCAUAACUGCAUUUCAGAUGGACAUUAAGGUGGGAGGAGUUACUUUACCUAUUAUGAGAGAGGCACUGCUACAAGCAAGAGAUGGCAGGAAGCAUAUUCUUGGAGUAAUGAUGAAUUGCUCGCCCCCUCCAGCAAAAAGGCUUUCCAAGCAUGCUCCUUUGAUUCACGUUAUGAAGGUCAAACCUGAGAGAAUAAAUCUUAUAAUUGGUUCUGGUGGGAAAAAAGUAAAGAGCAUUAUUGAGGAAUCUGGAGUAGAGGCUAUCGAUACAGAUGAUAAUGGCACUGUGAAAAUAUUUGCAAAAGAUUUGUCUAGUUUAGAGAGGUCUAAAGCUAUAAUUAGUAGUUUGACAAUGGUUCCAACUGUCGGUGAUAUAUAUAGGAACUGUGAAAUCAAAUCAGUAGCUCCAUACGGAGUUUUUGUAGAGAUUGCACCUGGACGAGAGGGACUUUGCCAUAUCAGUGAACUGAGUUCAGGUUGGCUACCCAAGGCAGAAGAUGCUUUCAAAGUGGGAGAUCGUAUUGAUGUAAAGCUUAUAGAGAUAAAUGAUAAGGGACAGCUGCGAUUUAGUCACCGAGCACUGCUUCCUAAUACAGAUCCAGACAAUUCAAAUUCAGAUGUUAGACAGCCUCCUGGCAAACUAACUGAAGAUACAGAAGCUUCAUCAAAAUCACCUGAUAAAGAUUUAUCCAAAAAUAUUACCAGCUUGCCAAAAGAUGGUUUGGCCGAAGAGAAGAUUGAACAGCCUAAGGAUAAGAUUAGCAGUCCCAAAGUCACAGCCUCAUCUAAAAGGAGUUCAGAGGACGAUUCUGUACUUCCAUCGAAAAAGUUUAUCAGGAAAUCUGUCAGCCCUUCCCCGGAUAAGCCUUCCUCUAACAAAGACAAGAUGAAGAAGAGUAGCAACAAAGCAGUUGGUAGUGUCUCUGGCAAAGAUGAAAGUAGUUUGGUUAGUGGAGAGGCAUGAUAUUGAUACCCAAAGUAUUUGUGAGGAAAACACAGAAUAGUGGUGCUUACGAGAAAAAAAUUGGUUUCAUAUGCACAGGCAGGCUGUGGUUGCAAGCUCAUGCAAACUAACAGAUGAAUGAUCUUACAGACGGCGAAUAUUUUUUGGCACAUCCUGGUGCCUGAACUGCGAAAAAAGGAACCUGGGUGACUCUUUUCCAAGGAAAACAACCUUAAGCAGGAAAGGUGAGGGAGCUUACUAUCCGAAGCUCCUUUUGUAUAGUCUGUAUAUCACUUUAAUGCUUCAGAUGUUUGUAUAUGAUGAUGAGUGGGAAUUUUGUUUGUUUUUUCUCCCGAUGAUAUCUCUGUAUCUUCACUCUAUUUAUACUUAUUAGUUUUUUCUUUAGUUAUUGUUUGCUAUGAUGCUUCCCUCUAGCUCCUAUUUUGGAAGUAUCAAAUGAAAACUUAUUAUGAGAGGGGAGAUGUAAUCUUGCAUAUCGCAUUGUAUUUGCUGCCUUUCUUUUCCCAAUUGAAAUUCUGGUACUUUCAGAACUCCAAACUCAAGUUUUGCCGUGUAAGCUCAUUGGUCAUUAGAUUCUAUAA